AUGACUUCAAUACAUGAAGAUGCUUCAAGUUUGAAUGUCGAUUGGUUCUAUAGAGGAAAGAAAAAGUCCACUAAAAAAUCAAAUGGUAAUGGUAUAUCAAAUAAUGGUCAAAAUGGUCAAAAUGGUUCUUCUAUAAAGGAUAAAAUAUCUUUAAAUACAGCUGUUAAUGGUUCAAAUGGCUCAUUAAUACCAAGUCCAACUAUUUCAAAUGAUUCUGCUAUCCAAAAACCAACUUCAUCUUCAUCUACAAAUUCAAAUUCAAAUUCAAAUUCAACUCCACAUAUUGGUAAUCAAGGUGAUGUUAAUAAUACAAUCAAUCAUCAUGAACAUCAUAGAUCAAUAUUAUCAAAUGAAAUCAAAAAUAGACCAAGAUCUGCUUCCGAUUCAUCUAAAUUAAAACCACCGUCAAGUUCAAGCUCAAAUUUAUCAAAUGGUGCUCCAUUAUCUUCAUCUUCUAGUAAAAGAUCAAUAUCUUCAAGUUUAAAAAGAUCAAACUCAUUAAAUGAACAUAAUCAUCAUCAACAAACAACUCCACAAACACAACCUCAAGCACCUACAAAACCUAAAAAAUCAAUAUUUAGUGCAUUUUCAAAAUUAAAGAGUUCAAAAUCAAAUGUUCAAUCUCAACCUCAAUCAACUCCUGUACAAGUUCAACAAAUUUCAAGACCAAAAUCUCCAGAACCAAUUUCAAUCCCAUCAACUCCAAAAUCAAUGCCAACAACUCCAAAAUCUUUACCUUCAUCAAUUGAUUCAAUAUCACCAAAUUCUGCAUUUUUGUUAAAUUCAAUACAUAGAUCUCCUAAACAAUCACAACAACAACAACAACAACAAUCACAAAAUCAAGAACGUAUAAUAUUAAAUAAAAAUCCAAAUAGAUCUUCAUUACCCAUAUCAAAUUUAUCAAAUAUAAAACUUCGUCGUGUUACAUUUGCCUUGGAUAAAUUACCUGAUGAUCCACCACAACAAAUUCCAUCAAGAAGACCUAAAAGAGGUAAUGUUAUAGUUGUUGAAGAUCUUAUCGCUGGCCCAUCAAAACUAAAUGUUGGUAUUACAAAUGAAUCUCAAACUUUAGAACAUGGUAAAAAAUAUGAUGAAAAAGAAUUAAAAUUAGUUAUGGAAUCUCAAAGAAGAGCUUUAGAAGAAUCUGAUAAACAUGCUCAAGAAGCUCAUUUUGCUGCAAAGAGAAUUGCUCAUGAAGUUAAAAAUUUUAAACUUUUGAAAAAAAAUGAAAAAGCUACAAUUGAAGAUGAAAUUGAAGAAGAAAUUGAAACUGAUGCUAAUAAUGUGGAAAUUGAUAAACCUAUUCAUUUACAUGAACAUCAUUAUGAAGAAGACCCCAAAGAUCAUCAAUUAACAAAUAUCCCAUUAGAAUUAAUUUAUACUCGUUGUUGUCAUUUAAGAGAAAUUUUACCAAUUCCUGCUACUUUAAAACAAUUAAAAAAUAAACAUUCUCCAUUAUCAGUUUUAAAAAUGCUUAACCCUAAACCAACUUUAAUUGAUGUUUAUUCAUUUAGUGAUUUUAUUGCAAUUGUUCCUAUAAAGACACUUAUAUUAGAUAAUGUUACAAUGAAUUCAGAAAUGUUAAAAAUCUUAUUAUCAUCAUUAAUUAAUUCAACAACAAUUGAAAAAAUUUCAUUAAAAAAUGUUCCAUUAGAUAUAAUUGCUUGGAAAUUUCUUUGUAAAUUUUUAUCAAGAAAUAAAUCAUUAUUAAAAUUAGAUAUAUCACAAAUGAAAAUUAAAUCUGAAUUACCAAUAAGUCAACAUAGAUCUCAAAUGGAUUGGUCAUUAUUUAUUGAUACUUUAUAUUAUAGAGGUGGAUUACAAGAAUUAAUUUUAAAUGGUUGUAAAAUCCCUCAUUUAGAAUUUAUGCAAUUAAUUGACCAGGGAAUUUCAUUACAAACUAAAAGAUUAGGUCUUGUUUCAAUGGAAUUAAAUUAUGAACAAAUUAAAAAAAUUUCUAAUUUAAUUACUGAUCCAAAUUCCAAAAUUGAAGGUAUUGAUUUAGGUUUUAAUGAUUUAUCAAUUGAUGGUAAAUUAAAACCAUUAAUUAAAAAAUUAGCAAAUUGUGAAAAUUCAAAUUUAGAAUCUUUAUCUUUUAAUUCAACAAUGUUGGAUAAUGUUGAAGAUGUUGCAUUAUUAAUUAGAUCUGUUUCAAAAUUACCAAAUUUAAGAUUUUUAGAUUUAAGUAAUUUAAAAAAUAUUUUCCCUGGAAUUAUGCCAUAUUUAAAUAAAUAUUUACCAAGAUUCCCUGCAUUACAAAGAUUACAUUUAGAUUCAAAUGAAUUAAGUUCACAAAGUUUUGGUAUCUUAAGUGGGAUUAUUCCAAAAUGUUCACAUUUAAUUCAUUUAAGUAUUAUGAAUCAAUCUUCAAUUAGUUAUGCAGCAGCUGCAACUAUUUAUAGUGCAAUUAAAUCAUCCAAGACUAUAGUUAAUUUAGAUGUUGAUUUUGAUUUGAUUGAUGAUAAAAUUAGCUCAAGAAUUGCAGUUUGUUUAAUGAGAAAUAUGCAAAGAACUAUGCAUGGUGAUGAUGAUCAUCAUUUAGAUUCUCAUGAUGAUAUUUUAUUUGAUGGUUCAUUAAUUGCAGAAACUGCAAGUAAAUUAUUAGAAAAAUUUCAAACAAAUGAAAUUGAAAAUGAUGAAUUUAGUAAAAAAUUCUUAAAGAAGAAAUUUUUAAAUAAAAUUAAUGAAAGUAGAUUAAAUAUUAAUAAAACUAUUGAUGAAUUAUUAACAAAACAAGAACAAAAAUUAUUAUCAUUACAAGAAAAAGAAGAUUUAUUAAGAUUUUAUUUCUUGGAUAAUUCAUUAUUAAAAAUUUUAGAAAUUUUCCAAAAUUUAAAUGAUGAUGGUUCAACAACAACUUCACAACCAACAUCAAGUAUAUCAAAUUCAGCAAAUAUUUCAACAAACCAAGGUUCUAAUAAUUUGAUCAACUCAGCAAUAGUCACAGGUCAAGAUGUUCAACCUCAUCAAAUGGUUACAGAAUUAAAUGAAGGUAAAGAAACUCCAAUUGAUGUUGCCACAGGUAAACCAAUUUUAUUAAGAUCUGUAUCACAAACUUCAAUUCAAGCUAAAAAGCAAGAAGAAGAAGAAGGUGAAUUUCAUAGAUGGGGUUUUUUUGUUCAACAACAAAGACAAUUAUAUCCAAAUGAUCAACCUAUUCAAAGUUCAAAUUUAUUAAGACCUGAACCACAACAUGUUAAACCUCAAUUACAAUCACAACCUGAAGAUCAACCUCAAACUCAACCUCAAACUCAACCCCAGAGUCAAACCGAAGGUCAACCAGAAAGUCAUCCUCAAGGUCAACCUCAAGGUCAACAAUGUACUGUUAAUAAACAAGAUUUAUCAUCAUGGGCAAAAUUACCAUCAGGUGAAGAAUUAAGAGAUGCAGUUAUAAAAGCAAAAGGUAUAAAUUCCAUUACUGAUUUAAUUGAUAAUGUUAAUGAUCAUAGAUUUAAUUUAGAAAAAAUUUAUCCAACUAUAAAAGAAUCAUUAAAAGAAUCAAAAGAUUUGAAUUCAAUAAAUAAUUCAAGUAAUGUUACUUCAGGUUAUUCAAGUUCUAUUGGUGGUACUAUUGAUAGUGAUUUAGAAAGUCAAGAUGGAAUUCAAAGUGUUGAAGUUGAUGAAGUUUAUGAUAAAUUGUUGAAUAGUUUACAAAGAGUUAGGUCAAAUAAGUGA